UUUGAGUACCUCUUCACCCAUUUAUAGAGGCAAAUUUUCAAGAGCCAAGGAACCAGGCAGAAUAACCGCAAUGAACUUUACGGACACGUCCUCCGUCCGAUACCCUCGCGAAUUCCUCGCAGUCAUUUUAGCAGGCUUCGGUAACGAAUUACAGCCGUUGACUAGUAAUUAUGGUGACCAGCCAUGUCCAAAGGCGUUACUUCCUAUUGGGAACAAGCCUAUGAUUUCGUAUGUUUUGAAUUGGGUUGAGGAGGCUGGGUUGAAGGAUGUCUUGCUUAUAUGCCCGACCUCACACCGUGAUGCCAUCUCGCACCAUAUCAACUCCGAUCCAUCCUCCUCAUCUCUCUCAAACCUAAGCGUAGAAAUCCAAACAUACGACCAGUCGCAAGACAUACCCGCAGGUACCGCAAGCAUCCUCGCACACUUCGCCACCCGCAUCUCCAAUGAUUUCGUUCUACUUCCGUGUGAUUUUAUCCCGCCACCGUCGUUACGUCUUGAAAGUGUGUUGGAUAAGUUUAGAGUGGAAGUGGAUACGGACGGUGCGCUUGCUACUGCUUUGUUCUUUGAGCAACGUCCGGUGGAGGGAGAGAAGGGGAAGGCGGCUGCUGUGGAAGAGACGUGGGGUGCUCCUACCCCACCUUGGCCUGUGGUGUACGAUGCUAACAGCGGUACGCUUUUACACGUCGAUACACUCGAUGAUCAAGAUAGGGAUGGCGACGAACUCGCAAUCCGGAUGUGCACACUUUGUUCUUACCCGCGAACGACGCUCUCAACGCGCCUUGUCGACGCACAUGUAUAUGUCUGUCGACAUGCCGUACUCGACGCGUUGCAGAUGCAUGAAAAAAGACAUAUUGACUCGUUUAGAGAGGAGUUCCUACCUUGGUUGUGUAAAGUUCAUACCCAUCGCACGAAACGAACGAAAUACUCGAAGGUAUUGAGCCCCAUUACGAAUAAUACACCUACACAGGCACUCGCACUGCAACAUUCCACUUCGUACCCUCCGUCUUUACAAAAACUACGAGCACCUUCCUCUCUCGACAGUGCAGACUCUUCUCCAGCAGGGGACGAAGAAAACAGUGAAAGUCCUCCACCAAGUCUACGUAUCGGACUCGUUAUACAUCCUUUCUCGAAAGGAUAUGCAGCACGUGCGAAUAACUUACAAGCAUAUCUGGAAUUAAAUCGAGCAGCGUUAGGAAGGACAGCACCACCAACACACGACCCUGCCCUCCGCGCACUAAUAGACGCGAAAGCGAACAUCACUCCUGAUAGCCUCAUCGGUUCUUCUACACGCGUUGGAGAGCGGAGUACGAUCAAACACUCUGCUAUUGGAAGUCAUUGUACGAUUGGUAAGAAUGUUAGACUGACGGGGUGUGUGUUGAUGGAGUAUUGUGUGGUUGAGGAUGGGGCGAAGUUGGAUGGGUGUAUUUUAGGGAAGAAUACGAGGGUUGGAGUGAAAGCGGAGGUGGUGAAGUGUGUUACGCAGGCUGGGUUCGAGGUUGAGGAAGGUGGGGUGUAUAAGCAUGAGAAGCUGGAUGUGUCGGAUUGGACGGCAGGUGCGGAUGAAGAAGAUGAGGAAGAUGAAGAUGAAGAUGCUGAAGAAAAGUCAUCUGAAGAUAGUGACAACUGAAGACGAAUUUGAUGCUACGUGAAGAGACAUGAUAGAAAGUGUAGUUUUGUAACUGUAGAAAUUUAUGACAUUGC